AUGUUCUACAUAGCCGACCAGCACUUUCAAGGCAAAACGCCCAAUUCAGUUCAGGACUUUCAAAGUUUACUUUUCCAAGUAUUUUCGCGCGCUGAUGUACAUUCCGACCUGUAUUACCUAAAGGACCUGUCAAACUUACUCUGUCUUCCCGUGUCGGUGAACGAACUAAUUGCCAGCUGCGAUAAAGGCGCCACUCUGCACUACUUUGUGGUGGACUGUCGUCCGCCAGAUCAGUACAACAAUGGCCACCUUUCCACUGCAUUCCACCUCGACUGCAGUCUGAUGCUGAACGACCCUUCGGCCUUUACCACGGCAGUGCAGGCACUGCUGGCCUCGCAGAAGCAGGCAAUUGACGCGAAAUCAGUGGCUGCCGGUGAGCACUUGUGCUUCAUGGGCAGCGGUCGCGAGGAGGAGGACUGCUACGUGCACAUGGUGGUCUCGUCAUUUCUGCAGAAGCACCACCGGUACGUCAGUCUGCUCCACGGAGGCUACCAGUCGCUGCACAAGUUCAUCGUGGAGCAGCAGUGCGAGCAGUUCCUGGUAGACCACUGCAAGAAGAUGUGCCUUUCCUGUACAGCCAACAGUGCCCUCAACGGCGACGGCGGCGCCCACGACGCGAAGAAGGCCAAAGAGGGCGGCGAGCAGUCCACUUCGGCCUUCCUCCAGAAGCUCUCCACCGUCGUCAAGCCCAAGAUGUUCGCCAAUAUGAAGGAGAAGAUUGUCGACUACGUGGUCAAUCCGAACCAGAAGCCGGUGGUGAAGCACGUCAGCUCAGCGGACAAAAUUGGAAAGCGCUACAAGGGCAGCAAGUUCAGUCUGGACGAUCAACCGGCGGAUUUCGAAGAAGAUCCUGAUGUUGCCUAUGAGAAUAAACACGAACUGAACCUUGAAGAGUGGAAGAAGCAAAUGAAUCCAAUCGGCUUCUUUGAGUGCUGCGAGAUCAGCGCCGAUGGAACGCAACAAACGCCAGGUUACCUGGCGCUAACCGACACCCACCUGUACAUCAUCAAGGACUCUAAAAGCAAGAAAGACCACGGGACUAUAUCGGUGCAGAGGCCGCUGGAGAUGAUCGUCCAAAUAACCUCCAAACGGAAGCACCCCGAGAUAAUUACCUUCAAGUACGGUCACGCUGGUCAGGACAACGAGUCAGUGCUGAUUGCCAAGGACAGCAUCUACCUGCAGAAUCCAUUUGACGUGACCAGACUGAUUAAGCAGCAAGUGGUUAAGAUUCUCGACCAGAACAACGUCUCCACUGAUUAG